CUGCGUGUACCUACGGACGCGUUGUGAAGAUAUUUUUCAAUGUAGUGGUAAUUAUAUUGGACAAAUACGUUCUAGUGAAUUGUUAAAAGUUGCCAAUUCAAUAUGUCUUGUGUAGAAAGAUACAACGCACACCUAAGAAUAAUGGUGUGUUAUUGAAUGGUGUUUUAUUGCCGUCAAAGUUUUAAUUGUAUUUGCAUCUAACGUGGCAAAUAUUGUCAUCAAUUAAAAUGGGAAACUGCCUGGAUUGUUGCAAAGGUUCAUCGUAUGAAGACAUAACGCCUGAUCGGGAUACAGUUAGACAACAACAAGUAGAGGCUGCAGAAAAACGUAUGGCAGCUCAAGAAAAGAGAGGCAUAGGCAAUGUUGAUGCUGUCAAGCGACAACAAAAGUUUGUAGAGGAAAGAGACAAGAGAUUGAACGAAGCUGGAAAUACCAGUGGCCAAGCUGGAUUGAAGUGGCAAGUCAGUUAAGUCAAACAAAAUUCUACCAGAUUGCUACAAAUUAUUUCUAGAAGUUUUAAAUCCAGGAACUUGACGUAAUCAGCAAUUGAAUUUCUCGAGUUUUUUAUUGCAAUCAAAUUUUCACGAACAAGUAAGUCUGACACGAGUUAUCACAUAAUAGCUAUUUUGCAAAAAUAAAUGAUUUGAAAUAAUGUCAUCUUUUCUUACUAAGAUUUUUAAAAGA